CAUAACCUUCUGAAUUCUGAUAAAAAAAGAAAAAAAAAUAUACAAUGUCUGUGUUUAUUUGCUUCCUCUUCUUCUUCCUAAUCUCCUCUGCAACCGCUUGUGAUCGCUGUGUGAAGCAAUCCAAGGCAGCCUUCUUCUCCAAAUCCUCUGCACUUUCAUCUGGGGCUUGUGGGUAUGGCUCCUUGGCCUUGGGAUUUAGUGGCGGACACCUUGCAGCUGGUGUUCCUUCCCUUUUCAAAGGUGGAGCCGGUUGUGGUGCAUGCUUUCAGAUAAGAUGCAAGAACACAACUCUUUGUACAAAACAUGGGACUAUAGUAACUUUGACUGAUCUGAACCAAGGCAACCAAACGGAUUUUGUUCUCAGCAGCAGAGCUUUUGCGGCCAUGGCUCAAAAGGGUUUGGGCCAAGACAUUUUGAGACGUGGCAUUGUGGAUGUGGAGUAUAAGAGGGUACCAUGUGUGUACAAGAACCAAAAUUUAUCCUUACGUGUGGAAGAAUCAAGCCAAAAGCCACAGUACUUGGCAAUCAAAAUUUUGUACCAAGGUGGUCAGACAGAAAUUGUAGGCAUUGAUGUUGCUCAGGUUGGAUCUUCAAAUUGGAGUUUCCUAUCUCGAAACCACGGUGCGAUCUGGGACACGAGUAGGGUUCCGGCUGGGGCGCUACAAUUCCGGUUUGUGGUGACGGCUGGGUACGAUGGGAAGACGGUUUGGGCACCGAAUGUGCUUCCCGUUAACUGGAAGCCCGGGAUGAUAUAUGACACAAAGGUUCAAAUCAGUGACAUUGCACAAGAGGGUUGCUCUCACUGUGAUGAUGGGAGCUGGAAAUGAGCUUAAAGGAUGUUUGUCACUAGUUCACUAAAUACACAUAUAGUUCAGUAGACACCAAAAAUUAGAUUUCUUUGUCUACUUUUUUUGCUAGAACUAUUAACUUAUGGGAUAUAAAUUUCAUGUUGCUUAUAGUUGGGCCUCAUUGUGGGAACGCUUUUAUGGUUACUUACUGUUUGAAUGUUGCUUAUGGUUGGGCCGUAUGUUUGAAAGGCUUAGGUGCCUUAUUCAUGACCAAAUAUUGAAAUUUUUUGUAGUAGUAUUUCCUAAUAGUACUUGUUUUUUACAACCAA